AGCGGAUCGGUUUUGACCGGAACCACGGCCCUAUUCCACAUAUAUAUGGCGAAAUGCACACCGUCCACGUCGAUGGUCUCGUCGUUGACCCGCUGACGCUCACUGUGGACCGGCUGCGUUCUGACUUUCGUCAACACGAAGUCCCCAGCGCGCUCGAGUGCGCCGGAAACAGGCGACACACCAUGCGGACGCUUGUGAAAGAAGUCCAAGGAAUCGACUGGGACGACGCAGCUGUCAUGAAUUGCAAAUGGAAGGGGCCCCGCCUUCGAGAUGUUCUUCUCCGAGCUGGUCUGUGCAUAGAGUCUACUGAUCCAAACCGCAAGAUUCAUGUAGCUUUUGCCUGUUACCAAGCGGAGUGUCAAGACGAUAAUUGGUACGAAUCUAGCGUGCCCUUAGAGGUAUGUCUUCAGGCGGAAAGGGAUGCUAUCUUGGCACUAGAGGUGAAUGGUACUCCUCUCACGGUAAACCACGGCUAUCCGGUUCGAGUUGUUCUUCCCGGUAUUGUGGGGGUUCGAUGGGUGAAGUGGCUUGACCGUAUCACAGUUCAGGACCACGAGUCAACUAACGCCUACCAACAACGCGAUUACAAAGUCCUUCCACCGGAUGCAGUAGACAGUGAAUCUGCGGAGAAGUACUGGCACUGUACACCACCUAUGUAUGACAUGCCGGUCAACUCUGUUGUUGCGGUUCCUGCUGAUGGUGAAACCGUGACGUUGCCAUCAACCGGUUUGGUGGAAGUAAGAGGUUAUGCCCUUCCACAAGGCGCAGACGGGCCUGUUACUCGUGUUUCAGUGUCAGGGGAUGGCGGGUACUCAUGGAUAGAUGCGCAACUGGAAAACUCGGGCGGUACUUCGAAGUGGUGUUGGGUAUUGUGGACGGCCAAGAUCAAAUUGACCGCAGGCUCCCAAAGGGAAAUACUGAGUUGCGCAACGGAUGCUGGGGGUAACUCACAGGGGCAGGAGCAUUCGCAGUGGAAUUUAAGAGGAAUUGGGUACUGUGGAUAUGGCCGAGCAAGGGACUUGACUCUCGUCUGA